AAAAGUGUAAGCACCAACUUUCCACCACAAAUCAACAGCCAUGGCUAUACUUUGGGUGCUCUCGUGCCUUGCUCUCAUUAAUGCUGCUUAUGGACUGGAGUGCGGUAAGCCUACUAUCUCCCCUGAUAUUACUGGCUUUUCGAGAAUCGUAAAUGGCGAAGAAGCUGUCUCGGGAUCUUGGCCUUGGCAAGUCUCACUACAGGACUACACAGGCUUCCAUUUCUGUGGUGGAUCACUGAUUAGUGAAUACUGGGUUGUGACCGCUGCUCACUGUGGUGUGGGGAGUCAACAUCGUGUGAUUCUUGGAGAAUUCAACAAAUGCAGCUCCGACGUCCAAAUUCAGACCCUUCAAGUUGCUAAGGCCAUUACCCACCCUCAAUGGAACUCCAACACCAUCAACAAUGAUAUCACCCUGGUGAAGCUCAAGGCACCAGCUUCUAUGAAUUCACGUGUGUCUCCCAUCUGUCUGGACACCUCACAGGGCAUGUUCCCCGCAAGCACGAUGUGCGUCACGACAGGAUGGGGACUGACUAACCCUUUCGCUGGCAGCACCCCAUGCAAGCUGCAGCAAGCCACCCUUCCCCUCCUGAGCAACAAGGGGUGCGAGGCUUACUGGGGCAACAAGAUCUCGGAUGUCAUGAUCUGCGCUGGGGCAGCAGGUGCUUCUUCCUGCAUGGGUGACUCCGGUGGACCUCUCAUCUGUCAGAGUGGAGGAACUUGGUAUCUGGUGGGAAUCGUUUCCUGGGGCAGCGGCUUCUGUUCCAUCAAUUCGCCUGGAGUCUACGGUCGUGUGAGCAAAUUCCGCACCUGGGUUGAUCAGACAAUUGCUGCCAAUUAAAAGCAUUGAAUAUAACAUGG